AUGAAUCAAUUAAAUGAAUCCCACCAACAACCCGAUUCCUUGGCAUCAACACCAUCUUCAUCAACUUCUUCUUCACCACCACCUUUUUCACCAACUUCAAUGGCUGACAUUGGUACCGACUCUGGGAAUCUCUUCCGUCUUAAAGACGUUCUCUCAUAUUUCUCUGCUGUCAAAGGUGAUCUCUCCAACGUCACCGCCCCGCCUUUCAUUUUAGCCCCGAGAUCGGCCAUCGAGAUUCCUGCCGCUUGGGCAUGUCAUCACGAUCUCUUUCUUCAACCUUCUGAAGAACCCGACGCCGGAGUGAGAGCGCUACUUCUGGCAAAGAAUUAUGUAUGUAGUCUGAAGCAACUUGUUGGUGCCGACACGGAAGAUGCGGGCAAGAAGCCAUUGAACCCAUUUCUCGGUGAAAUCUUUCUUGGGUCCUACUCCGACAAGGCUGGUUCCCAAUCACAAUUAAUUGUCGAGCAAGUGUCACAUCAUCCUCCAGUCACGGCUUGUUCGAUAUAUAAUAAAGAGCGUGGGAUAUCAUCCCGAGGUUUCGUGGGACAAGAAACAUCUUUCAGUCUGGUCAGUGGAGUCGCAGUACGGCAGACUGGCUAUGCUAUCAUCAAGGACGAUAAACACGACGAGACACAUCUCAUGACAAUGCCAACAAUUCUCGUCAAGGGAGUGGCAACUGGCAACCCAUACCCAGAACUUGAGGGCCCAAGCUACAUCACGAGCUCGAGUGGUUACGUGACAAAAAUUGACUUUUACGGAAAAAGGGCAUUUGGGUUUGGCGACAAGAACCAGGUCGUUGCCGAGGUCUUUGCACCAGACAACAAGAACGAACCACUAUACCGUAUCACAGGACAAUGGACUGGCAAUUUAGUCGUUCAGGAUUCAUCAAGAACCACACUCGAGGAAUUUCACGUUGAUCAAAUACCCGUAUCCCCACUAAAUGUCGCACCCAUAGAUAAGCAGACACCAUGGGAAUCGCGACGCGCUUGGUCAAAAGUUACACACGCUAUCAAAGAACGCAAUAUCGAAAAGGUUUACGCUCACAAGAGCGCCAUCGAGGAUUCACAAAGAAGACGACGCGUCGAAGAAGACAAGAAGGGUGUCGAAUGGAACAGACUCUUCUUUACAAGAUCUGCAAAAGGCGAUGCAGUUGCGGAACCGCUUCUGGCCAUGAUACCAGAGAGGCUUGAAGGUAUAGACUUUACAAAGACAAAUGGGUCUUGGGCAUUUAUCGGAGUUGAUGAAACGGACGAGUUGAAGGCGAAUUUGAGUACAGACACGUUACCAUGA